UCCUUUAAAACAACCGCCUUGCACACAACAUCUUCAGAACUGAUCAAGUCUUAAAUAGUUCAGAUAACUUCGGAAUCAAAACAAGAAAAGAGCGGCAGUUAUUAGAGCAUGGGUUCCUCUGGUGUACAGAUUGUGUGUGUGGCCUUGAGUAUCCUGGGCCUCAUUGGUGGGAUUGUUACCUGCAUUGUACCGAAAUGGAAGGUGUCAUCCUUUGUGGGAAGCAACAUUGUGACUGCCCAGUCUACGAAUGAGGGCAUCUGGAUGACAUGUGUGUCGCAGAGCACAGGCCAGCAGCAGUGCAAGCAGUAUGACUCCAUGCUCAUCCUGAGCGGCGACCUGCAGGCUGCACGCGCCAUGACCAUCAUCGGCGGCCUGAUCCUCUUCCUGGCCCUGCUCAUCCUCUUGGCCGGCUCCGACUUUACCACCUGUGUACAGAACACGGACGCUAAGCCUAAGAUGUGCCUGGUAGCGGGGAUCAUGAUUUUGGUCAGCGGCUUCCUCCUGAUCAUCCCUGUCAGCUGGUCGGCCCACAACACCAUCACCGAGUUCAACAAUCCCUUGGUCAUGGCGCAGCAGAAGAGGGAGCUGGGUGCCUGCAUCUUUGUGGGAUGGGCCGGAAGCGUUCUGCUGCUGCUGGCCGGGGGCCUCCUCUGCUGCUUCAGCCGCCCGUCCGGAGGCUCCAGCUCUGAGGGCACCGCCAAGUACCGCAGUAAUGGUGCCUCUGGUGUCUCUGCACCCAACUAUGUCUAGAGUCUCUGCCUACGAGUGUCAAUCAGCUGAGGGAGUGAAGUUAUGUUUAGUGUUUUGUGUGUGAAUGUUUUAUUUCUGUGUUUGAUGUCAAGGGAGGUUCUCGUCUAGGGAAAUCAGAUCAGUGAAUGAGGAAGUAGAGCAGAUACUUUCAAGGACAGAGGAGGUCAAAAAAUAUACAUUCAUUUCUGAGCACAUAAGCAAAAUCAGGGGCGUGUAUAUACUCAAAGCUAUGAAUUGCUAAACCAGAAUUAUCUCAAGAGGUCCAUCAUAUUCAUAAUUAUAUUAUAUUCAUGUUCUGAAUGGAGAUUGGGAAUACAGAUGGGAAGAACUGCUUUUCAAAGCUAAUGUGAAAGGCUGUUUUUUUCUGUAUUAGUGUACAGUCAUCACAACUAGUGCUGAAAACAGACUCCAUUUGUGGACAACCUUUAUCAACACAUAUCCCGACAAAUAAUGUUAAUAGGAAAUAGGAAUUGUAUGAAUGCAUGUCUCUCUGCAGGGUGGUGGGUGUUACUAAUCUGUAUUGUAUUGUAUCAAUAGCUAGAUGAAAUUGGACAAAAUGUGGCAAUGGUAUAUGCAAGCUGAGGUCGAGUAUCAUACUAGCUCAGGUAUCUGCCUCAGGUAUUUUUUCCUCAUUAGUCAAAAACAUUUCAAGUUUAAUACAUCCAUCCAUUGAUGAAAGUAAUUUACAGUUACCUGCUACCAAUGUCCAUUUAAUUUGGCAGCUAUUCAGUAAUCUGAUCUGAUGUGUGCCCAUUAUGUUCAAAAAUGUGUUGUGUUGUAAAAUAGUAGAUACCAGUAUAAAACCAUUGAUAGAAUCAUAGCAAAACAGUAUUAGUGGUAGUCCAUGAGCUGUACCAUUUUUUUUUACUUUGAUGUUAGCUUGUAGUUUAGUUAAAUCAAUGCUUGUAAAAACAAUUCUGACCAUGAAAGAACUCAGUGUAAAAUUAGGCAAAUACAACAAUUUUAAUUAAAAAUGUCUCUAAACAAA